AAAUUUGAGGGACAAUUAGGUCACAAUAUUUGCAUGAAGGAGUUGAAGCAAUAUUUGCAUGAGGGAGUUGAAGCAAAUAAAACUUUGCAUGUAGGGAGUGAAAAUAAAAUUUUUUAUGAGUGAGAAUUGCAUGUAAAAUUCAAGUUCUGAUUAGGGGUUUUCCUCUACUUUACUUUUAAAUUAUCUGUUCCAAAUAUUCAUGGCAUACUCUAUAUUUCUAUUAAACUCAGCGUGCUAUCUAAAUGGGCCGAAUGGGCCGGCCCGUGUCUGGCCCGAUCGUCGUCAUUUUGCCACGUAUAGCAAAAAGAGAGCUCACGCCAAGCUCCUCAAAGCCGGCGUCCCGUCGCCAGAAUCCAAUCUCGCCCACGAGUACUGUGACUGCUCCGCCUUUCACUGUGCCCGCAAGCUGUUCGACGAAACGCCCCACUGGGACGUUGUCUCGGCGACGUCCCUUUUGGGCGCAUUCGCCCGCCGGGGCCGCCACCGCGAUGCCAUUUUGCUCCUCCCCGGCGUUCUUUCUCUCGGCAUCAGGCCCAACGAAUUCACCUUCGGCACGGCGCUGCGCUCCUCCACCGCCCUUGGCGAUCUCGACCUCGGCAAGCAGCUCCAUGCAUCUGCGGUAAAGUUAGCUCUCCGUUCUAAUGUAUUCGUCGGCAGCUCCCUCGUCGACCUCUACGUCAAAUUGGCUAUGAUUCAAGAAGCGCAGAUCGCGCACGAAGACAUCCAGGAACCAAAUGUCGUCUCGUACACUGCACUCUUGAGCGGGUACCUUAAGAAUGACAGGUUCCAUGACGCAAUGCGGCUGUUCGAGGAAAUGCCUGAGAGAAAUAUUGUCGCAUGGAACGCAGUGAUCGGAGGCUGUAGUCAAGUUGGCCUCAAUGAGGAAGCGGUCAAUCUAUUCCUGACCAUGUUGCGGGAAGGUUUCAGGCCUAACCAGUCCACCUACCCCUGUCUUCUUACUGCAGCAGCAAACAUGGGAGCGCUGGGGAUGGGCAGAAGCUUUCAUGCUUCCUCUAUCAAAUACUUGGGCCAGCUUGAUGUUUUUGUGUCAAAUUCAUUGAUUAGCUUCUAUUCCAAAUGUGGGUGUUUGGAAGACAGUGUUUCAGCAUUUGAGAGCCAUGAGGAGAGAAAUCAAGUUUCUUGGAAUGCUAUGAUUUGCGGGUUCGGGCAAAAUGGAAGAGGCAAGGAAGCCGUAGAAUUCUACGAUAGAAUGCGGCGAUCAGGGUUAAAGCCGAACGGUAUCACUCUUCUUGGCUUGUUGUUUGGUUGCAGCCAUGCAGGCUUAGUGGAAGAAGGAUAUGGUUGCUUCAAUUCUGUGAAAUCUGAGCAGCCAGAGAUACUGACAAUGGAGCAUUAUGCUUGUGUGGUGGAUUUGCUAGCUCGGUCUGGAAGAUUUGAGGAAGCAGAGAGGUUCCUCGAGGAACUGCCUUUUGAGCCAGGAAUCGGGUUUUGGAAGGCCUUGCUCGGGGGGACUCAUUUGCAUCCAAACACAGAGGCGGUGGAGUCGAUUGCGAGCCGGAUUCUCGCACUGAAUCCGAAGGAUAUAUCAUCCUACGUUUUGCUAUCCAAUCUCUACUCAGCUGCAGGGAAUUGGAAGAGAGUGUCAAUGAUCAGGAGAGAGAUGAAGGAGAAAGGAAUGAAGAGGAUUCCUGGUUGUAGCUGGAUUGAGAUCAGGGACCAGGUUCAUGUGUUCUUUACUGGAGACAGGAAGCAUGCAAAGACUGAUGAGAUUUAUAUGGUUUUAGCUACAUUCUUGGACAAUGAAGAACAAUACCAGACACGUAUUUGGAUUUAAACUUGAAGCUCAAUUGUGUGCUGCAGAUAACAGAUAUACUGUGAGUCCAGGGUUGCCUGAAGCUGAUUCAAAACUCUAAAAAAAAUUUAAAUUAUUUUGGUGCAGUUUUGAAGGAGAUUUCGGCUAGAUUUCGAGAUGGCUAUAGAAUUUUGCACCGUAUUCUGCUAUUGAAAGCAAACCACAGGUGGAUAUCGAGAUAUAUAUCUCCAUGGCCUUGUCCAGGAGCCUAAGGAAGAUCUUGAGGUGGAUUUUGAGGUUGUGUAAUAUUUAUUAUGCUCCUUAUAGAGAGAGAUUUUCUUCUCAAGCUUUUCAUAUUUAAAUGCUGUAAGUGAAUUUUCUUUUAAUUAUUUCUCAAUCCACGUGGAGAGAAGAGUUCAUGAUA